UUUAUGAGGUCGAAACCAGCUGGAUCAGUAGACAGGUUGGGUUUUUUUUGUUUGUUUUGUUUUUCAAUCAUAGUUCUUCUGAGUAAGGAGGAGAGAGACGCGUUAACAAAGGGGACUCUACCUCAGCCUAAAGAUGCGGUUAUCCCUGACUGUGUCCGUGGUUUUAGCACUGGGAUUAAUCCUUCCUGAAAGGGUGUCGCUUUCUAGACCUCCAGAGGACUGGGAGGGAUCUGGAUAUGACCUGGAUGGUUCUGGUUCCGGAGAUGAUCCAGAACAAGAAGGCAACAACAACAAUCCUGACCCAGAUAUUGUACCAAACCCUGUAAAGGGAAACACAAAUUCUGCCAAAAGCUCGUCAGUGUUGAAUGUGGGGAGAUCACACAGGCGUGACGGAGAAGCUGCAACGGAAUUGGUUGUUAUCUCAAACAGCAACAGCUUACUGGAAAACAAAGAGAUCGUUGCAGCUGCCAUUGCGGGGGGAGUAACUGGAGCAAUAAUAGGAGUUCUACUGUCAGCGUUCCUGAUUUACAAAUGGAGGAAGAAACGCAAAGAAGAACUUAUUCAGAACAAGGCUUCAAAUGAAGAAUACCACAAACCGACUCAGGAAGUAACUUUUAUUUAACUCUCACAUCCACGUUGGAUUGAAAUCUUUAAGCACCAUGGGGUGUCUCCGCCUUCCUGAUUGUGGAGAGCUGCUAUUAAUGAAUUUUCUCAAAGGAGAAAAUUAUCAAUGUUUUUUUUUUUUGUCUUUCUUGCACUUAAUUCUAAUUUUUCACCAGAAAGUGUUCACACCCUUUCACUUUCUCCUAUAUUAACAGUUUUCAUUCUAAGAUAGUUUUUGAGUAUUCAAGAUCCUAGAUUUUUACAUCCUUUCCCGGAUUUUUGCCUCAACACAAUCUCAGAGGUCUACUGACCUUUCCUUUGACUUUGUUGGUUGAGUUCUGCUAUACGAAUUGCCAACCUCGAGACCUUUUUAUGCGAGAUUGUUCAUUUCCAAAUCAUGUCCGAUAUAUUAAAUCUAGCAAAGGUGAAGAUGCAUCGAGAUCAGUUACAAUAAUAACAUUUUUAGAUUUUCUUUUUUACAAAAACGCCUUAAAAAUGUGAAUUAUUUUUGUGCAAAUUUUCCAUAAAAAAAUAAAAAUCUAUUUUGGGAUCAGACUGUAUUGUAAGUGGAAAAUGAAGGGGUGUGAAUACUUCCUGGGCGGACUGUCUCUGUUAAUUUAACGUUAUGUCUGUGAUAAAACGUGAUUAAAAAUGUUUCAAGGACCUCAUUCUGCCUCUGUUUUAGAAAUAUUUAAUAUGUGUAUAGUUUUCAUUAGAAGUAUAAAGAUCAAUAACUGCUAAGCUAAGCUUUGACUAUUUAUCCUGGAUUUUGUUCUGUAUAUUCCUUUACAUCGGUUUGAAAUGAGAUGCAAUGCACGAUUUGACUUAUCAGUCAGUAGCAAUUUCCAUUCUUUUUGUAGCACAAUAUAAAGCGUAAAGGAAAAAUGGGGGGGACUUGUGGCAGCUUGUAUCUCUUUUUCAGAGCCUUUUAGGUUUUUACUACAUUAAAAUGUUGAUUAGUUUGUGUCGUCACUGAGAUUCCUGAGAAAUAGUAAUACCUUGAUUUCUAGUGAAAUCUCAGUGCUCUUUUUGCACGUUCAGGAUGUUGGUUUUAUGUAUUUUUGUUUGCUUUCUGUCACUUAUAAAAAUAAAAUUAUGGUGUCAUUAAAAGUCA